AUGGCACCAACAAUGCAGCGCCGACAGUUCCUGGUGCACCACCUGAUGCUGGCGCGCGACGAGGCGCCGAACAGAACGACCGAGGCGGCGCUCGCUCUCUGGACCGACGUCGUGCAGGGACGGCAGGCGGGCGACGGUGGCGCCGCCCUGCGCUUCAUGGCGGACGCGCUCGCCAGCGUCGAGGACGCCAGCCUGGUGCGCCGGUUCGCCGACUGCAUGCUGGAGGCCGACCCGGAGCAGGGCGCGCGCGUGUUCAUCGCGCGGUCGGCGGCCGGCGCGCUCGCCGCCGACGAGGCGUGUACCUUCCUGAAGCGGUACCCGGCCGCGCUCACGCUCUACCUCGAGGACCGGGUGCUGCACAAACACGAGCAGUCGGAGCGCUUGUCGACGCAGUUGGCCGGCCUGUACCUGGACCGGGCGGCGCAGAGCCGGCAGCUGGGCGGCGACGAGGUGCUGGACAUUGUGGUCCGGCGGGGGAGCACGAGAAGGCGCUGGAGCUAG